AUGAACAGCAAAAGUCUCAAGCUGAGAUUCCACCUCAAGGAACAGAUUCUUCAGGUUUCUAUCUCACGGAUCAUGGACAUGGCUUGGCACACACUGGUUACUGCUAAUUGUACUGGCCCUGGCAGUGGCUCCUCUGGUUCGGGUCUGGGUUUUGUUCCACAACUAUACACUCCUCCCAGUCCAUACAGAUAUGCAUGGGUUGUCAAACUACGGCUGAGCCAAGNCGUAAAAAAUGAAAAACUAAGCCAGGUCUUUGGUCACAAAGAUUUUUUCCCCCUGAAAGAAUUUUUUUUUGGGGGCCAGGUUUCUCUACAGGAGAAGCAGCAAGGUCCGCCUGUUACAGGAAAUUACCUGAGAAAAUUUUUGGGCCAAGGUUCUAUAGGAGAAGCAGCCAGAAAUUACCAGAGAAGGUUCCAGGUUUCUAUAGGAGAAGCAGCAAGGUCUGUUACAGAAUUACCUAAGAAUUUCCCAGGUUCUACAGGAGAAGCAGCAGGUCCUGUUACAGAAUUACCUGAGAAUUUGCUAGGUUCUAUAGAAGCAGCAGGUCCUGUUACAGAAUUACCUGAGAAUUUCCCAGGUUCUACAGGAGAAAUACCAGGUCCUGUUACAGAAUUACCUGAAAAGUUGCCAGGUUCUAUAGGUGAAGCAGCUGGUCCUGUUACAGAAUUACCCGAGACUUUGCCAGGUUCUAUAGGAGAAGCAGUAGGUCCUGUUACAAAAUUACCUGAGAAUUUACCAGGUUCUACAGGAGAAGCAGCAGGUCUUGUUACAAAAUUACCUGAAUAUUUGCCAGGUUCAGUUUUAGAACCACGAAAUGAACUAACAGGUCCUGUUACAGAAUUACCUGAAAAGUUGCCAGGUUCUAUAGGUCAAGCAGCUGGUCCUGUUACAGAAUUACCUGAGAAUUUGCCAGGUUCUAUAGAAGCAGCAGGUUCUGUUACAGAGUUACCUGAGAAGUUGUCAGGUUCUACAGCAGAAGCAGGUCCUGUUACAGAAUUACCUGAAAAUUUCCCAGGUUCUACAGGAGAAACACCAGGUCCUGUUACAGAAUUACCUGAAAGGUUGCCAGGUUCUGUAGGAGAAGCAGCAGGUAAUGUUACAGAAUUACCUGAAAAUUUCCCAGGUUCUACAGGAGAAACACCAGGUCCUGUUACAAAAUUACCUGAAAGGUUGCCAGGUUCUAUAGGAGAAGCAACAGGUCCUGUUACAGGAUUACCUGAGAAUUUACCAGGUUCUGUAGGAGAAGCAGCAGGUCCUGUUACAGAAUUACCUGAGAAUUUGCCAGGUUCUAUAGGAGAAGGAACAGGUCCUGUUACAGAAUUACCUGAGAAUUUGCCAGGUUCUGUAGGAGAAGCAGCAGGUCCUGUUACAGAAUUACCUGAGAAUUUGCCAGGAUCUGUAGGAGAAGCAACAGGUCCUGUUACAGAAUUACCUGAGAAUUUACCAGGUUCUAUAGGAGAAGCAACAGGUCCUGUUACAGAAUUACCUGAGAAUUUGCCAGGUUCUGUAGGAGAAGCAGCAGGUCCUGUUACAGAAUUACCUGAAAAUUUCCCAGGUUCUACAGGAGAAACACCAGGUCCUGUUACAAAAUUACCUGAAAGGUUGCCAGGUUCUAUAGGAGAAGCAACAGGUCCUGUUACAGGAUUACCUGAGAAUUUACCAGGUUCUGUAGGAGAAGCAGCAGGUCCUGUUACAGAAUUACCUGAGAAUUUGCCAGGUUCUGUAGGAGAAGCAGCAGGUCCUGUUACAGGAUUACCUGAGAAUUUACCAGGUUCUAUAGGAGAAGGAACAGGUCCUGUUACAGAAUUACCUGAGAAUUUGCCAGGUUCUGUAGGAGAAGCAGCAGGUCCUGUUACAGAAUUACCUGAGAAUUUCCAGGUUCUGUUCUACAGGAGAAACACCAGGUUCUACAGUCCUGUUACAGAAUUACCUGAAAGGUUGCCAGGUUCUAUAGGAGAAGCAACAGGUCCUGUUACAGGAUUACCUGAGAAUUUACCAGGUUCUAUAGGAGAAACACCAGGUCCUGUUACAAAAUUACCUGAAAGGUUGCCAGGUUCUGUAGGAGAAGCAGCAGGUAAUGUUACAGAAUUACCUGAAAAUUUCCCAGGUUCUACAGGAGAAACACCAGGUCCUGUUACAGAAUUACCUGAAAGGUUGCCAGGUUCUGUAGGAGAAGUAGCAGGUCCUGUUACAGAAUUACCUGAAAAUUUCCCAGGUUCUACAGGAGAAACACCAGGUCCUGUUACAAAAUUACCUGAAAGGUUGCCAGGUUCUGUAGGAGAAGCAGCAGGUAAUGUUACAGAAUUACCUGAAAAUUUCCCAGGUUCUACAGGAGAAACACCAGGUCCUGUUACAAAAUUACCUGAAAGGUUGCCAGGUUCUAUAGGAGAAGCAGUAGGUAAUGUUACAGAAUUACCUGAAAAUUUGCCAGGUUCAAGUUUAGAACCACGAAAUGAACUAGCAGAUCCAGUUACAGAACUACCUGAGAAUUUGCGAGUUUCUAUAGGAGAAGCAGCAGGUUCUAUAGGAGAAGCAACAGGUCCUGUUACAGGAUUACCUGAGAAUUUACCAGGUUCUAUAGGAGAAGGAACAGGUCCUGUUACAGAAUUACCUGAGAAUUUGCCAGGUUCUGUAGGAGAAGCAGCAGGUCCUGUUACAGAAUUACCUGAGAAUUUGCCAGGUUCUGUAGGAGAAGCAACAGGUCCUGUUACAGAAUUACCUGAGAAUUUACCAGGUUCUAUAGGAGAAGCAACAGGUCCUGUUACAGAAUUACCUGAGAAUUUGCCAGGUUCUGUAGGAGAAGCAGCAGGUCCUGUUACAGAAUUACCUGAGAUUUUGCCAGGUUCUAUAGGAGAAGCAACAGGUCCUGUUACAGAAUUAACUGAAAAUUUGCCAGGUACAGUAGGAGAAGGAACAGGUCCAGUUACAGAAUUACCUGAGAAUUUACCAGGUUCUAUAGGAGAAACAGCAGGUCCUGUUACAGAAUUACCUGAGAAUAUGCCAGGUCCUGUUACAGAAUUACCUGAGAAUUUGCCAGGUUUUAUAGGAGAAGCAACAGGUCCAGUUACAGAAUUACCUGAGAAUUUGCCAGGUUUUAUAGGAGAAACAGCAGGUCCUGUUACAGAAUUACCUGAGAAUAUGCCAGGUUCAAUUUUAGAACCACGAAAUGAACUAGCAGAUCCUGUUACAGAAUUACCUGACAAUUUGCCAGGUUCAGUUUUAGAACCACGAAAUGAACUAACAGGUCCUGUUACAGAAUUACCUGAGAAUUUGCCAGGUUCAAUAGCAGGUCUUGUUACAGAAUUACCUGGGAAUUUGCAAGGUACAAUAGGAGAAGGAACAGGUCCAGUUACAGAAUUACCUGAGAAUUUGCCAGGUUCUAUAGGAGAAGCAGUAGGUCCUGUUACAAAAUUACCUGAGAAUUUACCAGGUUCUACAGGAGAAGCAGCAGGUCUUGUUACAAAAUUACCUGAGAAUUUGCUAGGUUCAGUUUUAGAACCACGAAAUGAACUAACAGGUCCUGUUACAGAAUUACCUGAAAAGUUGCCAGGUUCUAUAGGAGAAACAGCAGGUCCUGUUACAGAAUUACCUGAAAAGUUGCCAGGUUCUAUAGGAGAAACAGCUGGUCCUGUUACAGAAUUACCUGAGAAUUUACCAGUUUCUAUAGGAGAAGAAGCAGGUCCUGUUACAGAAUUACCUAAGAAUUUGCCAGGUUCUAUAGGAGAAACAGCAGGUCCUGAUAAGAAGUUGCCAGGUUCUAUAGGAGAAGCACCCGAGGAACGAGCAAGUCCUGUUUCAGGAUUUCCUUCGACACCAAAGUCAGAAGAACCCCAUGCCUCCCCAAGUGAACUGACUGUGAAGGUGCCAGGUUCCGAAACAGAAUUAUCUGCGAAUGCAACAGACAAACAACCUAUGGGGCCAUCCACAUCAUGCGCUGCAUUCUAUGUAGGAUUUGUGCCGUGUUUAAUGCCUAUAAUUUUCAUACCCUAUCCCUACUCAGUGCCCGUGGAACCUGCUUCGGAUUCGAAGGUGAGAGUUCAGUCUACUGGCCUGCCUCUGCUGGGAUUAGGCAAAUACCCUGGUCCUGGCCGCGGUACAGAAGGCUCCUCGUCAGAAGCCCAAACACUUCCUUUUCUUCCCCUUUCUCCUGCUCAGCCCAAGGGACUUCUGGGGAUGGUAGGAUAUCCAGUGCUCACUGGCAACAAAGGCUCCUCCUCUGCCGGAAGCCCUUGGACAUCAACAAAUCCUCAGUCGUCAAAUCAUCCUUCCAUCGUCGUUAAUGUUAUUUUACCGCAGCCGCCGAAAUGA